AUGUAUGUGAAUGGACCACCAUUGUUCGCGGUGGAACAGAACAAUGCACAGCUAGCGGUGGUAGCACUGGAGCUAGCUGCGGGGGUCGAGGAUAUAACGGCACUCGAGCUAAUUGCAGCAGACGAGGAAGCAGCUCCGCUGGAUACAGCAAUGGUAGAAGAUGGUAGAAACGAAAUUAUCGAACUACUGGGUCCUAAAGUAGACUCGGAGCUCGAAACGGAAGUUACUGAAAGUGAACUCAAAGUUACUGUUGGCUCAAUUCCAGAAGACAAACUGGAAACACUGCCGGAUUCUACAGCGGAAGUUGCAGACGCCGAUGUGGACCCAGAUGUUAUCGAUGUACCCGAAGUAGAUACCGAUUCGGAUAAAGUUAAGCUACUGGAAGCGGAUGCCGAGUCCGUCGCAGAUGCGGAAAUCAAUGAACUUCCAGAAGUUGAUGCCGACUCAGAAGAAAGCGAAGACGAUAACGAAAUUGAAGAAAUGGAAACUUCAGAUGAAAGACUUGAUACACCGGUUUCGAUAGCUGAGCUUUGCGAAAGAACGGCUGAGCUGGAAGUCAUUUGCACGGAAGUGCUAGCAGCUACAGAUGAAGAUGACUCAAUUGAAAUAAUGGUGCUACUAGAGGACGAAGAUGUCUCGAGAACAGUGGAAGUACCCACAGUGAUUUCCGUCGAUAAUGCGGCUGAAGAUUGGACUGGUAAAUCAGAAGAAGUAGCCACAACUGAGGAGAGAAUAUUUGAUGAAGUAGCUGCGACUCCGGAGGAGGUAGGGGUAUUCGAGUUGAUCACGGUUGACAAGCUACCACUAACAGAAUCUGACGCGCUAGCAGCUACGGAGGAGGAUCCUGGGACGGUGGAGAGAACAUUACUGCUGGAAGGAACAGCUUCGGAGGAUAAAGUACUGGUAACCGAAAUAUAUACUGAAGAUAAUUGUGAUUCGGAAAUACUGAAAGUGGGAAGACCAAUUGAUGAAGAGGGACUUCCUGAACUCCCGGAAAUCAACGUCGACUCUGGAAGGUUACUACCAGAAGAAGUUGGCUCCAAGGCACUACUAGUCGCAGCAGGAUUCGAAGUCGAUUGGCUAGAGACGAUUGGUGCCGUAGUGGUUAUCGAUUCAGGUCCCGCACUGGAUGUAGGGAGACCCGAAGAGGUUGCAACAGUAGAAGAUGGCGCAGCUGAGCAAAAGCUUGGAUAA